UGCGCGCGCGCGCGCUACAGGUGCAUGAUUGAAGCGUGAUGCACGGAUCAUACGUGUUUAUCGUUUUCAGGCGAUGACGUCAUGUCUGUCAGACACGCAGCCGCCGGGCUCACAGAAGGAGGAGCGCCUUUGUCAGAAGGAGACAUCAUGAAUACAUUACGGCGGCUCGUUGUGCAAUGACGGAGGAGGUGCCAGGUUAUUACAGACCUGCAACAAUUAACCUGCUGCACGUUCGUGCUUCAUGUCAGAGUUAGCCGUACGUAGUGAUGUUUGUGAUACAUUUAAGUCCCUAAAAGUACGUACGGGCUGCACUCGCUGAUAUAACAUGUGAGAAGAACAUGUCAUGUUAAAAUGACAGCCCGGACUCGGCUCCACAAACAUCCAUAAACUCGUCUUCCCAUUAGCCAAACUGCGACACUAGCUUUAGCUGAUGUCGCCUCGCUAGCUCACCGAACCGUCUAGAAUCAGAACCGAGCGGCUUCUCGGCGUUUGGCAGCAGCUGUAGCACCGGGCUAAGGUAAGCGUGACAAGCAGCUUUUUAGUUCAGCUGUCUUCAGUUAGCGUUUUCCGUUCACGCCGCGACGAGCCGCGACGAGCCGCUACUCGGCUAAUGUCAUGUAACGCGAGCUAAUAUUGCUCAAAGUUAACGGGAGCUAGUAGCUGUGUGUGGCUAACGGUGCCAGCAGCAGCAGCGCGCGCGCGCGCACACACACACACACACACACACACACACACACAGAGAGCCCUGUUUCCAGUUACAGCUCCAGUGAGACAGUGAUAGAUAAUACAAACUUAGCGCUGUCAGUGCUACGACAGAUCCACACCAGAGCCUUUUUUUCUCUCUCAUUUUACUACUUUGUUUUUUUAUUCUCGCUUUUUAACCGGGGACUCGAACCUUUAUUGCAUUUCUGCGCUUAUCAACCAGCUGACUCAGGGGCUGCCACUUGAGGACAGUGGGGGCUCUCUGAUGAUCCCCCGGUACAUCCAAUGAACCCCCACAACUCCAUGAAACCCUUCCUACCUCCCACUCCACAGAGCAGUGACAGCCCCUUCCUAAAUGACCCAGUCUCCUGGCAACCAGGCACCAAUCAGCACGCAGGAUCUCUCUCUGUAGUAACCACAGUGUUGGGCGUCACCAAUCCCACACACAGCCAGGGCUUCGGUGCACCCAUGGGUCCAGGUGAGAGCUCUGGAAGUCACAUGAUGCCCGGUGGCAGCCCUGGAAUGGCCUCUGGCAUGGCCUCCCAGUUUAUGGGACAACAGUCCUAUGGAGAAGCUGUAUCUAAAGGCUACGGCCAUCCUGUCAUGUACGGACGUCCCAGCAAUGCUUACAACCCUUCCUCAGCCUAUGGUGGAAGUUACUCCAGUAACAGUGGGGGCGCUGGUCUGGGCGCUCGGCCUCCCUCAGACUUCACCCAGGCCGCCGCCGCUGCUGUUGCCGCUGCCGCCGCCACGGCAACUGCCACUGCCACGGCAACUGUCGCAGCAAUACAGGAGAAACAGAACCAGGAGUUGAGCUACGCACAGAUGGGUGGAGCACCCACGUACAGCACCCAGUUCCUGUCACAUUCAGGCCCCCGUGGCCCUGUAGGGAUGAACCCCAGUGGGAUGGUGCCUUCCAGGCCGGGACCUCCGCCCUCCGCAGUGGGCAUGUAUCCCUCUCACCCCUCACAGGCUCAGAAGAUGGCCCAGCACGGAGGCUAUCUCAGCGGACAGCAGGGGCUCAAACGGCAUUUCCACUCAGAGGGUUUUCCAGUACAGCACUAUGGUUCCGGUGGGAUGUCGGGUUACCCUAACCAGCCUCUGCAGUACCCUACUGGCCCUCAGCAGAGAUGUGCCCCCUCUCCCUCUUACCCCUCCAGCCGGAUGCCGUUAAUGGGACAGUACACAUCUGGAUCACACAACCCCGCACAGUUCCCCCCCGGAGCAGGCCAGCCCAACCCUCCACAGUAUUACAAAUCAGAGCCUUUCAAUGGUCAGGGCAGCCUGCCAGCAGGAGGAGCAGGGGGAUACAAUGCCUUCACACAGGCUGCAGUAAACGGGCCAGGUCGAGGUGGAGUAAUGCCAGGGUAUCCCACCUCACCCAUGGGAGGGAACCCCACCCCUCCAAUCACACCCGGCACCACCAUACCUCCUUACCUCUCCCCAGGCCAGGACACAAAACCUCCCUACCUUUCACCCGAAAUCAAACCCAACAUCAGCGCUCAGCAGCCCUCUUCAGGAAACCCUAGUGACAACCUGCGGCUGACUUUCCCAGUACGGGACGGUGUCGUGUUAGAGCCGUUCAGGCUGGAGCACAACCUGGCCGUCAGUAACCACGCCUUCCAACUCAGAGACUCUGUCUUCAAAACACUCAUGCUGAGACCAGACCUGGAACUGCAGUUUAAGUGUUACCACCACGAGGACAGGCAAAUGAACACGAACUGGCCGGCCUCUGUGCAAGUUAGUGUCAACGCAACCCCUCUGUCCAUUGAAAGAGGGGACAAUAAAACCUCCCACAAGCCUCUGUACCUGAAGCAAGUGUGUCAGCCUGAACGUAACACUGUGCAGAUCACUGUAACAGCCUGCUGUUGUUCCCACCUGUUUGUGUUACAGCUGGUGCACCGGCCGUCUGUCAGGUCUGUCCUUCAGGGUUUGAUGAAGAAGAGACUGCUGCCUGCUGAACACUGCAUCACAAAGAUUAAGAGAAAUUUCAGUAGUGGUACGAUUCCCGGGACCCCGGGGCUCAAUGGUGAGGACGGCGUGGAACAGACAGCGAUCAAAGUUUCUCUGAAGUGCCCGAUCACGUUCAGACGGAUCCAGCUGCCAGCCAGAGGUCAUGACUGCCGACACAUACAGUGCUUUGACCUGGAGUCCUAUUUGCAACUUAACUGUGAAAGAGGGACCUGGAGAUGUCCUGUGUGCAAUAAAACAGCUUUGCUAGAGGGACUCGAGGUGGACCAGUAUAUGCUCGGUAUACUCGUAUAUAUCCAGAACUCUGACUACGAGGAGAUCACCAUAGACCCGGUGUGCGGUUGGAGGCCAGUGCCAGUCAAACCAGACCUACACAUAAAGGAGGAACCUGACGGUCCGGUCCUGAAACGCUGUCGCACUGUGAGCCCCAGUCACAUGGUUCUGCCCAAUGUAAUGGAAAUGAUAGCAUCUCUGGGCCCGGCGUCCUCUCCUUACCAGAGUCUAGCAGCAGGAGGCAGGAACACGCCGGACUACAACAGACCAGGGAGUCAGGGAUUCUCCAGCCAAUCAGGCUUUCAAGAUUUCCCCAACACUCCCAGCACACCGACACUAGGAGAGUACACCUCUGCCUCUGGACCACCACCUCCACUCCCCUACCAGUCUGAGCAGGCGCCUCAUUCUGGACGAAUCGAACAUCCCCAGAACAUCCUGCAGCAGCAGCAGCAGCAGCAGCAGCAGCACAGCUCGGGUGGCCAUGGCAACCAGGGCCUCAGUGACGCCGGUAGUCCACUGCCACAGCGGAACACUAACACUCAGAACUCCUUCGGUCUGGGAGGCCCAGGGGCACCUGGAGGAGAGGGAGCUGAUCAUGCACUAGAUCUUCUUCCUGAGCUGACCAACCCGGACGAGCUGCUGUCGUACCUCGGUCCGCCCGACCUGCCGAGCAACAGCAGCGACGACCUGCUGUCUCUGUUUGAGAACAACUGAUGAGACCUUCAUCGCCACAUCACGUCCAGACUGCGCCGUCUCUGUUGGGACACAGUUGUCGUGUCCUGCUGUACGUAGAUGUCCACACAGGUGUAGAGGUAUGGGAAGGACAACGACCAGCAUGUUCAACUAUAGCACAAAUCCCAGGCUGAAGGAUCUGCGUGUGUUACACUGAAAAAAGGGUGGCAUGUGUUCAUAAGCAGUGAUAACAUGGCGUCGGUCCCUCGUCUAGAACCUUUUCAUUUUUCCACGUAAACACAUCUGCAUCCUCAGAACUGCUGUGCCAAACAUAGGAACCACUGAAGCUGACGAUCAUCAGAGGAGCUGCCACGAGAAAGGUCUGAGAUCUUAAAAGACAAUUAUCAGAAAUAAACAACAAACAAAUCAGUUGCACUGAGUCUGCAGAGAUUAACCAAACGUCCUCUACAUUCACCUUCUUCCUCUUCAUCUGUUGGGGUCUGUUGGUGGUUGAGGAUUUAUUGACUGUAUAUUAUUUCAUGUUUGUUUCCACAGUCAAUGCUGAUGCCACGCUUUAUAAAUCAGCACAACCAAUUCUUUUUUUUUUACUUAUAUGUUUGGCAGAUUUGCAUUUAUUCUCCUCCAGCUGAUAAAAUAGUAAUAAAUAAUAUAGGAAAAGAACUGACAUAAAACAAAUGUAUUGACCAGCACUUUCCUCUCCAGUCUUGUGUACGCAUCAUUAUAUUUUAGAUAAAAAUGAUUUAUGAACUAAAUAUUGCAGACAUGAAACGAGUCAUUUUGAUAAAUGCUGGUAGUCUGUCCCACACGAGACGCUUUUCUAAUCUGACUGGACUUUAAAAACGUGGUCGACCACAGACACAUUAAACUUUGUAAUCCUGAGAAAGCACAGACGAGAGAAGCAGCACACACUGGGCGUCUAAUCAAACCAUUUCAGGGAGGAGGUUCCAGGAGAUUUCACAGAAACUCAUGUAGAUUAAUGGGAUUUCAGGAUAUAAACAGACAUGUUUGUGUGUGGAUAAAGUCACGGCCGAGAAGACGGAAUCAACGGCUUGUUCAAGUUACCGCUCUAAACAAAAGUAUGCAACAUCUGUUUCCCGGUCAACUCACUCUCAUUGGCUGUCAUUUAAUACUUACUAUAUUAAUACUGAUGACGUUAAAAACGUGUCUGUUAAUCCCUCACACUGCAGAUAAUCUGUUCAAAUCUGACUCAAAUCUGAAGACACCCACAAUUGUCAGAAGGACCAGAUCGAUACUGAAAUCUGGGCCCGUUAUUUUACACUUUCUGAGGGAAAAAAUAUGUGUAAAUUUCUAAUACACACACACACACACACACACACACAUAGAGUUUACGUGACAAAACACAACAGAAUGUGUUCUCUGAACUGCCCCUUUAACUGGAUCUGCACUUGCACUGAACGAGCUCCUCUCUGCCUCCUCCUCAGUUCCUGGCAUACAAAUAAACAAGUAAACAUGAGUGAAUUUAAAGAGGAUAUAUGCAAAACAGUGACCUCUAGUGUUUAAAACAGUUACUGCAAUCCAAAAAUAAAGGUCACGUCGCACGGAAACAUGUUUAAUUUUUAUAAACACUGAACCUAAGAGAGUAAGUAGUAGAAAGUAAGAGUAAGAAUGAUCGUAUAAUCUGAGGAAACGACGAGGUGAAAACUGAAAGCAUGUUAGCUAACAUUUUGUCCCCGCUAGUCGAGACGUUUGUUGUUUCUUAGAGAGGGUGCUGAGGUUUUCUUGUUUGCGUAACUAAGACGUGCGUCAUCGACCAAAACAAUAAACCAAACUAUUUAUUUCAAUUGUGAAUAAAGUGACUGCACAAUUGCUAUCAGUGAAACCGCUAAUUUAAUUUCACAUUUCCCUAAUCUCUGGUGAUGCAUCAUGGUUAUUUAAUGAGCUAAUAAAAUACAUGUUACAUAAAGCUCCUUUUAAAGGUCCGACUUUUAUGUACAAUAGACUCUUUUAUGUUGAAGUUGGGACAACACUGAGAUUUAUUUGAUCUCUGAAAUCCUUCAGCACUGUGAGCUAAACCUUCCUUCUUUCCCUCAACUUAUUUCUACGUCGCCCAGGAGGUGACGUACUGAAGAAAUAUGACGUGGCCGUGCAUUUAACCCUCCUGUGACCGUCCUGUCGUUGCAGACAGGAUUUGGCACGCGUGCUUCUCAUUACUGUAAGAGAGCGUUUGUGAUAUCUAGAACCUUCUGCCCCGUGUCUUUGGCACAGCACCGCACGACCCUCAUGUGGAGGAUGGAUGGAUGGUUGGAUACCCGGAGAGCAGAGAAAUAGAGCUUUGCACUCCUAUACUUGUCAUUACGGUAGCCCCGACCGUCCGAUCACAGACGAGAUUCACCAGCGCGUCACACGUUUAAUUAACGGUGAACGGUUGAAUAACUGCCGGAUAUGGAAAGUGAGAGUUAUCUUGGAAAAAGACGGCAGAACAUUUUUGACAAUUCUACAGCAAAUAAAAUCAAAAUAAAUCCAGGGCGGCCUGAUUAUCAUGAUGUCAUAAAAGGGUUAAUAACAUGUGUUAUUGUUAUUCAGGGUUCCUAUGGGUCCCUGAAAUCCUUGAACGUUUGUGAAUUUGACAAAAGAAACGUUUUCAUCUAAACGAGUCGCCCCAUGAUACGAAUGUGCAGGGACCGUCUCCAAAAUACAAACACUUACAUCUAUAGUGAUUUGAUAGACACUACAUUGUAUUAUGGCCCUGAUAUUACCUUUUAUUCUGCAUAAAAAUGUAUGUUUUCUCCAAGUGUUGAAGUAUAAUCUACAGUAGACAUUUUAGAGACAACACACUGUGUUAUGGUGAAUUUAUUGAACAUACAUUUGUUUUGUCGGUGUUGUAAUUUGUAGACGGUCCCUGCGUCAGCUGUUCAUAGGGGGCGGCUGGUUUAGAUGAAAACCAGGUUGUAGCUUAAAAACUUACAUAUUUAUUUUCAUAGGGACGGAUACGAAAACACAGACAGUGACACCAAUGAAUGCGUCUUCGUGUUUGUAGCAGAUGCUCAUUUUCAACACUUAGUAAACCGGACAUUUUCAAAUUUGAAGUUUGGGAACUUAAAUGUAUUUGGUAAAUAAUAUAUUGUAGCAUUUAGCUCUCGGCUAAAACAGUGAGAUUUCAUGCAAAUACUGUUGAAUGUCAACAAGGGCAGAGGUUUGCACGUGGACGCUCCCCAACGAUAUUUGGAGAUCACUACCAGAUUUAACGAGCGUCCGUGAAGGCAUCGCAGCUGAGCAGAAAUAUCAGAGCUGUCAGUCCAGACAAAUCUCUGUGGCCACGCCUUCUUUUUUUCAGUUUGUACGUCGUGGGUUUUUUUUAAACCACCCAGACCAUAAGUGAUCAAAUCAUCGUUUCAAUCAGCAAACUAAACGAAACCUGUUACUACUUAAAGCACGGCUAUUCAGGCCACGCCCCCUACUCUGUCACAUGACCUCUCACAUGAUUUCUAGAACCCUGAACUAUUGAAGCGACACAUUUGAGGUCAAGGACUAAAUAAAGUGAAGUACGUUUCGUUUAGAUGAUAUUAUGGGAUGGAUAUUGAUCUAUGGUGUUGCGCUGCCUGUUUACCACGCACUGUCCACACACACACACACACACACGUCAUUAUCCUGAGAAUCUCCUUAUCGACUGUUCAUCGAACAAUUCUUUUUCUUUCCCCUGUUAAUUCUCAUUAAUUCCCAUGGAAAGUUUCCAAUUUGGAAUAUUUCCAAAAUCCCCAAGCUAUAGUUCCCAUGGAAAGUUUCUGGAAGUUAACAGAGAAUUGUCCACCCAUUAAAAAAAUAACAUAACGAAAAAUAAUAACAUAAAUGCGUAGUCACCCCCCCCCCCCCCCACACACACACACACACACACACUUCCGGGCCUCGGUAGAUUUCCGCUGGUGUUCGGGUGUGAGACGUCGUCAGUGUGAGUGUCGGUGGUUGUAUGAAGCAUGAAUGCUCUGUGUCGUGGCAUUUUCUGCUCUUUGAAAGCUCGUUUUUAAAAUAGUUUCCACUGUAUAAGAAGUUGAUGUACUGUGUAUAAUCGGCUGUUUUCAUUCGAGAACGUGUGUGUGUGUGUUUAUCAAAUGAAUUGUUCCUCAUCACUGUUGGCUCUGUACACAUGCUGUAAAAUUCUAUUUAAAACCACCACAACAACACAAGGUCGUAUAUUCAUAUACUGUAUAUAUAUAUAUAUACACAUACAUGAUGCAUGUAUGACAUGAAGUAAUGCAGUUUAAAAAAAACACCACUUUUUUCUAUAAAUGUAACAUUAACUCAACAACAACAGCAGCAGCAGCAGCAGAGACGACGUUACCUGCUACACAAUAAUGUUAUUUUGGAAAUGACGGACUAUUUAACUGCAAAUUUCUAAAGGGAAAAAAAAAACAUUUUUUAAUUUGUAAAGUAUUACAUAUUUUUUGUAAUUAUUGCCAUCAUUUUCUAUUUAUUUUCUAAUCAUAAUUGAUGUUGUGCCUACAGUUCUGUUGUCAUUUCUCUCCUGAAAGUCAAAAUCACAAUAAAAAGAAUGACUUUAUUUGACAUGAGUUUGUUUUUAAGGCUCUGAUGUCAAGUAUUGUUGGUAUUUUAACCAGA